AUGUCUAUACAGCCAUUGCCUUCGGAUGUAAUAGCACAAAUCAAAUCUUCUUCAACCAUCACCAGCCUCAAUGGUGUCAUUUUUGAGCUCGUUAAAAACUCUUUGGAUGCUAGUAGCUCCAAGAUUGAUAUUGUUGUAGACUACAGUCGUGGAAGUUGUACAGUAGAGGAUAAUGGUCUUGGGAUAUUGCCAUCAGAAUUCGGUGAAGAUGGAGGUCUAGGAAAGCUAUAUCAUUCAUCCAAGCUAGAGAGCUCAAAUCCAACUCAUGGCGUAUCCGGAACAUUUAUUGCCUCGUUAUCUGCUUUAUCUUUGCUCUCGAUUACUUCCCAUCAGCACUUGCAUCGCUCGCACAAUUCGAUAAGCAUGCACAGAUCCGAAGUCGUGUCACGUCAAAUUCCAGCUCCUGUUCAACAUCAUCUUACUUCAUUCGAAUGUGGUACACGUGUGACUGUCCGAAAUUUGUUCGGUAAUAUGCCAGUACGGGUUAAGCAGAGAGCAAUCGCAUCCGAGAUACGCCAGAUCAACGUCAAGUUGUGGGAUGUUUUACGCAAAGGUAUCAUCUCACUGUUACUCGCAUGGCCCAAAAAAGUUUCGGUGUCUAUAAAGGAAGAUGGUGCAGACCAUAAAAUCGCCAUCCGAAGGUCUCAUGGAACCUCCGACUGGCGCCCAAUUGGCAGUGUUGAUUUGCGCGAUACGUGUAGUGUACUGUCCAAAGCUUCAUUUAUUGCAGUUGAUGAGAAGUCUUCUUGGAUCCCUGUCAGUGGUUCCACUUCAAGCUUAGCUGUCAAUGGGGUGAUAUCUCUAUUACCAAAUGCGACCAAGCACGUGCAAUUUCUGGCAUUUGGCAUAGAACCCCUGAUUUCUCAAGAUAAUUCCAACAUCCUGUACGAAGACAUCAAUCGUUGGUUUGUUAACUCUUCCUUUGGAAACCAAGAAGAUGUAAGUGAGCUUGAUAAAAAUGAAAUGGAAAGAAGAUCCAAGGACCGAAGGUUCAAAGGUGGUGGGUAUGCUAACAAAGAGCUCAAGGGAGGGAGGAAGAAUGUUGAUAAAUGGCCAAUGUUUUACAUCAACAUCCAUCAAUUUGAUCAAAAGAAGGAUUCCAAUUGGAAAAUUGAUGAUGUGUUAGACGGGAAGCGAAAUACUCUCGAUCAAAUCGUGGAAUUGUUGCGGGCGAUCAUUAUGGAAUUCCUGACAAGGAAUCAUUUUCGACCAAAAUUGGCACGCGGUGGUCGCACCAAACAAGCUGCUCUGGCCACUGCAUCCACAGACCUGGAGACUCAGACGCAGAGUGGCGCAUCGAAGCUCGGUCAAUCCGACCCGGAGGCUAUCCAAUCGUGCUCAACCACACCCGAGCUCUCGAGUCAUGAUCAUGAGAAACAUGGUAAACAAAAAGAAAAGGUUGACCUGUUGGGAACGAAAGUAAAGGUUCCUUCCUUUCGUCAAUCGCCCUCAGGAUUCGACUCCCCCUUUAAGUCCUGGUCAAAAGUCAAAACCGGUACCAAACAUCCAUACAAAAAAUCUGCAGACACGACACAAAUUCCAGAUAUGACUUCACUGCAAUCUAGUUCAACGAUAGAAGCUCGUUCGCCAACGCCUCUGAUCUCCAAGUCAGGGAAACUGAUUCGAAGCCCGUUCGAAGAGAUUCAGAUCCCCAGGCCCAAGCUCCCAUCACCCACUGAUGAAGUGCAGAGAUUAAAUGUAACUGGAGACGAAUUGGUUGUAUGGAUCAAUCCUAUCAACAAAGUCAAGUCCAUAGUGAACAAAAGAACGGGCCUUGUCGUAACUGCAAAGAAAGACGAAAAGCACAAUGGCUUUAGGCUUACCUCCGAUACAUCCUCUCGUUUGACCACAGUCAGAAAAUCUCAUACAGACGACAAGGGACCGAAUGCAUGGAUUGACGACAUUCUUAAUAAAUGGGAAAAUCCAAUUUUUGCUCCCGCUGAGACCUCGAUACCUCAAGUCUCGAUCGAUGGAUUGGAUCUGGAGACACAAGAAAUCAUACAUGGCCGUCAUCACCACUGCUCACAGAUCGAAAUCGAAAGGGCAUUUGAGGAAACUUCAUCAGGGCUUCAUGGGCGCAUCUCAAAAGAUGCUCUGCGUGAUGCAGAAAUUAUCUCACAAGUGGAUAAAAAAUUCAUUCUAGUCAAUCUUCGAACAAGAUAUGUGCUGGGUAUUGAACCAAGUACUCUUCUCGUGAUUAUCGAUCAGCACGCAGCCGACGAAAGAAUCCGAUUAGAAGCUCUUUUAUCAGAAUUUCUCAGGCCUCCCACAAUUUCAACCACUCCAUCUUCAACAUCAGUGUCAACUUCUCCUCUCGCCAAACCUCUAGCUUUUGAUAUCUCAACAAAAGACUCUAUACUCUUCCAUACCUACAUAAGCCACUUUAAUUAUUGGGGAAUUCUUUAUUCUCUUUCACCCACCGCUACCAUUAUCACUGUUCAACAUCUUCCACCACUAAUAACCGCCAGACUCGUCGCAAACCCAAGCUUACUCCUUCAUAUUCUUCGCGCAGAACUUUACUCGUAUCAUGAGCAUCCAACGUCGCAUCCUACUAUCACCAGUUCAUCCACUUGGAUUGAGAGAAUCUCUUAUAUCCCAAAGGGGAUAUUGGAGCUAUUGAAUAGUAGAGCUUGUAGAAGUGCAGUUAUGUUUAAUGAUGAGCUGGGUAUUGGGGAGUGUAGAGAAUUGGUGAGGAGAUUGGCGGAGUGUAGGUUUCCGUUUAUGUGUGCGCAUGGGAGGGUUAGUAUGGUGCCUGUGGGGGAUUUGGGGAUGAUGGAGAUGGGGAGAAUGAGAGUUAGAGAUAGAAUGAGGGAUGGGGUGGGGGGACGGGCGUGGGUUGAUAAGGGAAAUGAAUUGAGGGAUGAGAAGGAUAAGAAUGAUCAUGAUGGAGGGUUUGGUGUUGAGUGGGGUAAAUGGAUGAGGCGACGAGUAAGGAGAUGA